AUGGAUGUGUCGAAAAACGAGUUGCAUCUCCUCGGCCUGCCCUUUGAAAUCCGGCUCCAGAUAUACGGCUGGGUCCACGCGGCACACCCAGUAGAGCACGCGCAGCUCGCGCCGUGGUACCCGAAUCCAAUACAUAGUGCGUACUUCUUGAGGCCCAUCAAAACCCCCGGAGUGGAAAUUGAGGAUUGUACCGUACCAGGAAAAAUCGUGAAAGCCAUCGCCCAACCCGCAGGAGAAAAGGACGAUUCCAGCAAAGACCAAAAGUCUGACGAGCCAACGCUGCUGUCACCAAACCGUCCAAUCUCUGGUAUCCCCUCAGCGCUCCUGGAGACCAAUAGGCAAAUCUACAACGAGUGCCGGUCCUUCCCCUUCCACACCAAUGAGUUCGUCUUUGUCAACUGGUUCUCCUCGGGGCUCUGGGCGGCGCGGGCCUUCACGCGCGGUCUGCGGCCGUGGCAGCGUGAUGAGAUGCGGUGGGCGCGGCUCGAGAUGCUCGGACGGGACUUCACGGGCCCAGCGCUUAAGGAGUGGACUGAGUUGUGUGAGCACUGGGCCUCUGGGUUACGAGGGCUGAGGCUUAAGAUCCUUAUAGGAGGUGGGAUAUUCGAACCCACUGCCCCCUUUUCCGCGCUGAAAAACAAUGCAGAGGCCCAGGCCAUGGGGCUGGGCUCCAAGACGACACGGCCCGAUCCCAGGCCGGAAUGGAUCGAGGAAGGGCUGCGGAAGCUGAGGGCGUUGAGGAGGCUGGAGGUUGAGCUUUCGGUGCUGGAUUGGGGUGAUGGGGAGAAGCUCGAGUGGUGUGCUGAGCUUGGGAAGAUGCUGAACGUUGAUAAGGAGGGAGAGGAUAACCUCGUCGUGGUAAGAUGUGUUGAGAAGCUCGAGGAGGACAAUGGGUCGAAAAGGCAAGUCUUUGAUGGCAUUGCGCAGUGUUGA